CCCAAUAAUUCGCUGGUAGGCCUCUUCGGCUAGCCGGCAGAUGGGCCUAGCUCGAGGCUAGCUCAAGGCUAACUGGUGCUUGUUUCGGGACAGAGGUAUUAGCCAGUAGUAGCCACCUGGUUGCAGCUAGCUAGCGACGAUGAUCCGGUGUAAUUGUCCAGAGCUUGCGUCAGGAAUCCGGUGAUGUGGUAGAGAAAAAGCAGUCCUAUAUUCUCUGGGUUGAUAUCGCGCCUGCAGACUGGCAGGUAUUUGCCCGAGCUGAAGCUGGCUGGUGUCCGAGUUAAGGGCGAAGACCGCAGCAGUGGCUAACUGACUACUAGCUAGUAGCUAGUUAUCUGGCUAGCUUCUGAUUGGGGUUACGGUUCUAAAGUAUAAAAAAUAGCAGAUCCGUACCACAUUGGGUGAGGCGGGUUGCGGGAAUCUAUAUUCAGUUCCAAGAUGGAAAGUGAAAUUAAAAUAUAUACGAAAUGUAUACGAAAAAUACGAGGACUAUUUACGCGGGACAAGACAAACACACGUCCGACUGCUACGCCUUCUUGGAGUUUAUACCAGCUUAUACCAGGGACUAUGCAUGUAGUUUGGUUUGUAUGCAGUCUGGUGAUAUACCAGGGACUGGUGAUGCAGUUAGGUUUGUACAGUCUGGUGAUAUACCAGGGACUAUGCAUGUAGUUUGGUUUGUUUGCAGUCUGGUGAUAUACCAGGGACUGGGGAUGCAGUUAGGUUUGUAUGCAGUCUGGUGAUAUACCAGGGACUGGGGAUGUAGUUAGGUUUGUGCAGUCUGGUGAUAUACCAGGGACUGGGGAUGUAGUUAGGUUUGUAUGCAGUCUGGUGGUAUACCAGGGACUGGGCAUGCAGUUAGGUUUGUAUGCAGUCUGGUGAUAUACCAGGGACUGGGCAUGCAGUUAGGUUUGUUUGCAGUCUGGUGAUAUACCAGGGCCUGGGGAUGCAGUUAGGUUUAUAUGCAGUCUGGUGAUAUACCAGGGUCUGGGGAUGCAGUUAGGUUUGUACAGUCUGGUGAUAUACCAGGGACUGGGGAUGCACAGUUAGGUUUGUUUUCCUCUAGCUAUUCUCCAGUUUGCUCCCAGCAGCUUUCAUAGAACGUAGAUCACUGUUAAACCAGACGCUGCAGAGCGUUUGUUUGACUGAAUGAAUAUGACAUUGCCUUAAAUGCAGCUUAGAUGUAAAGUUUAAAUUCUCAUUCAUUACACAUCUUCACUAAUCAAUCAACACAUGCUUUCCUUUGGAUGUAUCAAUAUAAUAUUAUUAUUUAAAUAAAUAGAUUAUAAAAAUACAAUUUUUUGUCAGGUAAUAAAAUAAAAAUUUCCUUAGACUGCGUUACCCACUCCAGUCAGCUGAUGACGAUGCUGCCAGUGUGACGUAUAAUCUAGUGGACGGGACACUUCAACAACAACAGCGAGUCAGUCACUUCAGUAGCUUGCUAGGCGACAUGGCCUAAACAUUCAAGCUUUUUAGACUGUUUCAGUGCAUAUUUGCCUAUGUGUUUUAGACAUACUUCUGUUUUAUAGCGAGUUGCCCCAUUUAUUUUCAUAUUUACGUUGUUAGUCAGGCAGACGUCUUAAAUUUGCCUAGCGCUAGGCUAGUCGCUAAUGCUAACUAGCUAGCUAACAUCUCCGAACAUGAGCUCCCUAAACUUCUCCCCUCCAGUUAAAGAAGAGGUGGUCUGCUGGACGGAGAAAGAGGGUCUGUGGCUGAACAUUGUCGUGAAAGAGGAGAAGGAAGAAGAGGAUGUGACAGUAAAACAAGAAGUAGAGGGUGAGGCUGUUACGGUGAAAGAAGAAGAGAAAGACGUUAUAGUGAAAGAAGAGGAAGACGCGUUCAGAGUGAAAGAGGAGGAGGAUGUUACAGUAAAAGAAGUGGAGGAGGAAGAGAAAGAGGAGGAUGCAGUUUUUGGAGUGAAGAAGGAAAAAGAGGGAGAGAUAACGGCCAUAUUGACAGAGGAGUCAGGAGAUCUGAUUACCACCAGAGAGAGACCAGACUCUGACAGCGGGAAGAGUUCCUCAGAGGAAACAGACCCAGAGACGCCUAACCAACACCACUGCUCCCACUGUGGAAAGAGUUUUAGGUGGUCAGGGAGUCUGAAAACGCAUGAGAGAAAACACACAGGAGAAAAGCCGUAUCAUUGUUCUCACUGUGGAAAGAGUUUUAAGUUGUCAGGGAGUCUGAAAACGCAUGAGAGAAAACACACAGGAGAAAAGCCUUAUCACUGUUCUCACUGUGGAAAGAGUUUUAGGUGGUUAUGGGUCCUGAGAACGCAUGAGAGAAUACACACAGGAGAAACACCGUAUCACUGUUCUCACUGUGGAAAGAGUUUUAGGUGGUCAAGGAGUCUGAAAACGCAUGAGAGAAUACACAAAGGAGAAGAGCCUUAUCACUGUUCUCACUGUGGAAAGAGUUUUAGAUGGUCAGGGAGUCUGAAAACGCAUGAGAGAAUACACACAGGAGAAAAGCCUUAUCACUGUUCUCACUGUGGAAAGAGUUUUAGGUGGUCAGGGACUCUGAAAAAGCAUGAGAGAAUACACACAGGAGAAAUGCCCUACCACUGUUCCCAGUGUGGAAAGAGUUUUAGGUGGUCAGGGACUCUGAAAAAGCAUGAGAGAACACACACAGGAGAGAAGCCUUUCCAACAUACUAAUACACAGGAGGAGACAACAUACCACUGCUCUCAUUGUGGAAAGACAUUUUCCCAGUCAGAGGACCUGAAAACACAUGAGAGAAUAGAGAGGCUGUGUUCUGACUUGUGUUUCUGACUGAGAAUUUGUCCACGGCCAGGAUUCACAGGACCUGGGUGUCCGCUAUGGACACCUGGAAGAAAUCAGCAGCGGACAUUUCUGAAGGUUUAUCCAACAGACCUGUACAUCCAGGAAUGGAUCUCUAUAAUGUGUAACUAUUUCUGGAGGUUUAUCCAACAGACCUGUACAUCCAUGAAUGGAUCUCUAUAAUGUGUAACUAUUUCUGAAGGUUUAUCCAACAGACCUGUACAUCCAUGAAUGGAUCUCUAUAAUGUGUAACUAUUUCUGGAGGUUUAUCCAACAGACCUGUACAUCCAGGAAUUAAUCUCUAUAAUGUGUAACUAUUUCUGAAGGUUUAUCCAACAGACCAGUACAUCCAGGAAUGGGUCUCUAUAAUGUGUAACUAUUUCUGCUGUAUUGUGAUGUAUUGUUUAAUAGAGGUACUAUGUUAGGUAUAUUUAUCUGUGGUUUUAUUUCAACAGAUUUUACUGAUGCUAUUAGAUUGUACUAUGUUAGGUAUAUUUAUCUGUGGUUUUAUUUCAACAGAUUUUACUGAUGCUAUUAGAUUGUACUAUGUUAGGUAUAUUUAUCUGUGGUUUUAUUUCAACAGAUUUUACUGAUGCUAUUAGAUUGCUGGGUGGGGGGAGUUUUAUAUAUACAGAGACUUCAGAAAGUUUUCACACCCCUUGACUGGUCCCACAUGUUGUUGUAUUACAUCCUGAAUUUAAAAAUUAUUUUCAUUUAACCAGGUAGACUAGUUGAGAACAAGUACUCAUUUGCAGUGACACAUACAACAACACAGUUACACAUGGAAUAAACAAACAUACAAUCAAUUAUACAGUAGAAAAGUCUAUAUACAGCAUAUACAGCAUGUGCAAAUAAGGUAGGAUAAGAGAGGUUAGGCAAUAAAUAGACCAUGGUGGCGAAGUAAUUACAAUAUAGCAAUUAAACACUGGAAUGGUAGGGAAUGUGAAUGUGAAUAGCAGAAGAUGAAUGUGCAAGUAGAGAUACUGGGGUUAAAUGAAUUCAAUACCCCAUAAUGUCAAAGUGGAAUUAUGUUUUUGGAAAUGUUUACAAAUGUAAUUAAAAGCCUAAAUAAGUUCAGGAGUAAAGAUGUUGCUUAACAAGUCACAUGAUAAGUUGCAGGGACUCACUCUGUGUGCAAUAAUAGUGUUUAACAUGA